UGGGCUACAUCCUUCACUUUAUUGAAUGCCGGCAUCCUUCCGAAUCACUACUUGGGAUCCAAUACUGAUUGUAGCGCAGGUUAGACCAUGAAGGUUUUCUUUUUGCUACAAUAGCCUUGCAGUUUUCCCUGAUGCUUGUCUACUUUACAGAUAAUCUCUCUGCAAGCAUUAUACUAUGUGUCCGUCAGCGUCUUAAUCUUACUGGUACUGGCAAUAACAGGAACAGAACUAUCUCUUGAUUACAUCUUAAACUAUUCAGAAAUCAGAGCCGAUACAGUAAUGGGAUGGACAAUCACCUUGUGCUGGGUCAUCAACUCGGUCAUCGGGGUCGGGCUCAUGGUGUUCAUUGUUCAACGCGCCAAACUUAUUCUGGAUUUUGCUGUCACCUUACAUGUAUUCCACCUCGUCAUCACCUCAUACUACUCUCGUCAUAUUCCGUCAACAUUCCUAUGGUGGCUUCUCAAUAUCUUUUCGUGUGCUAUCAUGACCUUGACAGCUGAGUGGGCUUGUAUGCAACGAGAAAUGGAGCCUAUCAUGGUCAAUGCUCGCAACGAAGGUGACGACGCCAAUAGCGCCGAUUCUGGAAGAAAACGAAAAACAUCAGAUCAUGGCGCUGCCUCAUCCGUAGUAGACAAGGGCAAGCAGAUACUUGGCUCGUCUUCGACAAAGGGGAAGGGCAAGUAUGAGACGAUACCAAUGGACGAUAUGGAUGACAGCUCUCAUUCAUAAUUGUGCUGAUGCAAAGUUGUACUAUAUUUUUACACGUUAUUCCUACCUCUCCUCCGCCAUUUGUCCAUAGUCUUUUUCACCUUUCAUAAUACUGCCCAUUGCCUCUACAUUAAUUGUAACAACAAUUUGAGGUAC